UUGAUUUGUUAUGUUUGUGAUGUUUCCAAUUUAUUUAACCUAGACUUUGCCGCUCUUGAAGUUUUAGAAAUUGAUGCUGGCGGUAGUAAUUUGGAGUUGAAGGAUAAGCGCACAAUUGAAGUAAAAAUGAAAAUGUUAGAAGCGCUAAAAAUUAAGUGCAAUUUUAUAAAUGAAGAAAUCAUGCAAAUGAUAACUGAGUUGGAAAUGUUGAAAGAUCUUGAAAUGCUUGUAAAAAGUUGUGACGUCAAUUAUGAACUUUUAUGGAGACGACUAAGCAAUUUGAAAGAUCCAAUAGAAAAACCUGUCGUCAGUUCUGAUCAGACCAUUAGUGAAUUGGUAAGGUCGAUAGAACCUUUGAACAAGCUAAAAGAAUUUUACAUGGACGGUAGAUUCAUUCAGUUAUCGUUAGAUAGCCUCGCUAAUCAAAAUGAUGGUAAAUGCCAACCCGCAAAAGUUGAUCCUAAUGGACAAAAUUUGGUGGAGAACAGGAAUGUGGUGCAUCUAAAACUCCACGCUCUUCAUAUUAGCAUAUAUUCAGCUUAUGAAGAACUAUUCGAACUUAUGUCGUGUCAAGACUCUGAAGCUUUCGCGGAUAUUAAGAAACUGGUGAUAUUUGAAGCACCAACAGGUUCUUGGACAAGGUUAGAAAGAAUUCAGAAGUUAUCAGAACUUUCGCCAGAUCUGCUAAAUAACUUGAUCGAAAUUAUUUUUGAGACGUUCAAACAGCUUGAUGUACUUGUGUUCUGUUAUAAGAGUUCUCGCAUAUUUAGAGAAAAGGCGCAUAUUCUUUAUAAGCUUUUUUCAGAGAAGUGUAGACUGGUCAGGGAAAGAUGCGAGUGGUCAGAUAAUUGCAAUGAAGAACAAACAAUCUUCGAGCUUCAUAAGUAA